AUGGAAUAUUCGAAAUCUAUCUUUUGGGUGGUGGACCGCCAUGACUGGGUGUUUCCUACUUCAAACGUUACCGUUCCGGCUAAAUCAUCCAAUUCUGCUUGGGACAUCCUGGGAGAUAAUUCUCGAGCACAAGUUGCAUUAUGGUUGAUGCCGGCUGUUGUGCUGCUAACUCUUCUUCCCUUCAGGCUUAGUAAACUUUACAGAGCCCCGAUUAAAGUUCGCAAGAAUUAUGUUGGAGCUGCUAAACUUGUAGGUGCCUUCAUCCAAGGUGAAGAGAUAAUCAUUCAACAUGUUGUGUCUCUAAUGGCCGCCCUAGCACUAUGCCCCCUAUCCUUCCUUGAGCACGGUAGAGCAACUAAACCUUCCACUCUGCUCAUAUCAUACUUGCUGUCAUCUACGUUGAUAGAAGGGGCCUUCCUAUUACCAUCAAGCUUCUUUCAUCAUGGUGAGAUUAUUAUUACGGAUGUACUUACCGCCGCGUUCUGUGUCAAGUUGCUUCUCCUGAUCAUUGAAUUGAGAAGUAAACGGAGUUAUCUUAGAGAACCAUACAGAGGCCUGUCUGUCGAACAGACAAGUAGUGUCCUUGAUCGAGCAUUUUUAAUUUGGGUCAAUGGCUUCAUCUUUUUGGGCAACACGAAACUCAUGAAUCACUCGGACUUGCCCGGACUCGAUGAUAAGCUCCAAUCAAGAAGCCUACGUGUGAAAAUGGAGGAGAUAUGGGAAAAGACGGCUAAACCAGAUCCUAGCCAUGGGUCAAGUGGCGGAGGUACCUUGCUCUGGGCAUUGCUCAGGCUCUUUAGGGGGAGCCUCUUACUAACUGCUAUCCCUCGGUUAAUGAUGGUGAUAUUCACUUACUCCCAGCCCGUCUUCAUUAAUAAGACAAUUACAUAUGUGACUGAGCAAGGACAACCGAAAGAAGGACAUUACCUCAUCAUUGCCGCGCUUGUUAUCUACUUGGGAAUGGGUGUAUCCUUUUGUGUAUACUACCAGAGCCACAACAGAAUCAAGGUGCAAACUCGUGGUGCCAUCAUUGGGCUCAUCCAUGCGCGCUGUCUGACAAUGCGUGAUGGUGUAUACGAUGGAGCCGCAGCUGUUACGCAUAUGAGUAACGACACUGAUAACGUCGAGAAAUGGGCUUGGCUUUCCCAGGAAAUCUGGGCACAGUUGGUGGAGUUAUUGAUUGGUGUAGCUAUGCUUUGGACUCAACUGGGCUGGUGGUGUUUUACUCCAGUCGCUGUCGUCGUUUUACUUUCGCAGGCGGCUAGAUGGUCUGGACGGAAAAUCAGCCAAUCGAUGGCGGAUUGGCAAGAAGCAAAGCAGAACCGCAUCGGAUUAACGACAUCUACAAUCGAUUAUAUUAAGCAAAUCAAGAUGAUGGGUUUAGCAGACAUUGUGAUGGAGAAAGUCCAAGAAUCAAGAAUGGUAGACUUGGUCACAGGGCUGACGUAUCGUUGGAUUAUCGUGUUCAUCAACCUGGGUGUCAACGGGAUUUCGAUCUUAGCCCCAGUUUUUACCCUGAUAGUCUACGCUGCGGAUACUUAUUUUCGUGGCAAAAAAUCUCUAGACCCAGGGACGGCUUUCACGGCCAUCGCAACCGUUACUUUAGUAACGACACCUGCCAAUAUCAUACUUGCGCUCUUCCCUCAAUUCGCAACUGUCUAUGGUUGUGCUUCUAGGAUUCAGAAAUACCUUCUCAAGCCAUAUCGGGACGACAGGCGUGUCUUGCUCGAACCAAUGUCGCGUGACUCGGGGGUAAUCAGGAAUCAGCGUGUUGCCUGGCCCCUUCUUAACCCUCAAUCGGCAAUUGGUGAGCCUCCAGCUGUGAUAGUUGAAAAUUUGGUACUACGACCAGCCCCAGGCGUGAGUGUUUGCUUAGAUGGAGUAAGCGCGCAGCUAAUAAGGUGUUCUCUGAAUGUGUUCUUCGGACCCAUCGGAGCAGGUAAGACAACGUUAGCAAGGGCUAUCCUGGGCGACAUUGCACCAGAUAGCGGAUCUAUUGCCGUUUCGUCAAAGCGCAUUGCAUAUUGUGCCCAGAAGCCGUGGCUUAUAAAUGCUAGCAUCAAAGCGAUGGUAUGCGAUCUUACUGACGAGAAGGAGAUCGAUGAUGAAUGGUACCAGAUUGUUAUAUGCGCAUGCGGCUUAGACGAGGACAUUAAGCAACUCAGUGGCGCCGACUUUGCAGCUGUUGGUAGCCGUGGUGUUAUGCUGUCUGGCGGCCAGAGACAAAGAGUGGCUCUUGCACGCGCUGUCUACUCUCGGCCGGAGAUUAUCAUCUUAGAUGAUGUAUUGAGCGCAUUAGAUACGAAAACUGAAGUUCAUGUAGUCGAGAGGUUGCUGGGCCCAGAUGGUCUUCUCCGCCAACUGAAAACAACAGUGAUUCUUAUCACUCACGCCGCCCAACAUCUACCUUUGGCCGAUAAUAUCCUUGUCUUUGUCGAUUCCAAGAUCGAGGCACAGGGCACAUGGGAUGACCUCCGAUCUUCCGGGGGCUACCUCAGCCGGAUCCGGAUUGAGGAGCCGAGUUCCAAUCAAACUGAGGAAGCGGUGUACUUUGAAGACUCUCUCCGGCCACGUGCGAUGCAUACUUCCGAACCUAAUGUAACUGCACCCGGGCACAAUGGCGGUCUGUCGGUUUACUUAUAUUACUUCAAGUCUAUCAGCUUACCCGUAUUCAUUUUGUUUAUGAGCUGUAACAUCAUAGAUGGCAUUGCACUAGCAGUGACGCCCUCUAUACUGAGAGCGUGGUCGGAAGCCGGCGGCUCCCAUACCGGGUACUACAUGACUGCGUAUGCUCUGUCUUCACUCUUGUCAUUUGCCGCCACAGGGUCUGUGAUAUGGUCAACCAUCAUUCUCAUCGCCCCUAAAGCCGGAAAGGCUCUUCACCACCGACUACUAACGAUCGUCAUGAGGGCGCCAUUGUCGUACUUUGCCGUCACAGACACCGGAGAAACACUGAAUCGAUUUACUGAAGACAUAAACUACGUAGACCAUGAUCUACCUUUCAAUUUAAUGAACACAUUUUGGAAGUUCUCCAAACUACUUUCCCAAUUGGUGUUGUUGUUCAUCACGCAGAGUUCCAUUGGGAUAGGGGCGCCUUUCCUAAUCAUUGUUUUGUACUUUUUGCAGAUGCUAUACUUGCACACUUCUCGGCAAGUUCAAUGUUUAGACAUCGAGCUGAGGGCCCAGGUUCUUACGAAUUUCCUGGAGACGCUCGAGGGUAUUUCCCACAUCCGUGCAUUUGGCUGGCAACUACAGUCUGUGGACCAGAACAUUAGUAAUCUCGAUGUAUCUCAAAGGGCUCAUUAUACGAUGCUCUCUGUUCAACAAUGGCUUACGCUUGUUCUCGAUUUGCUAGUAGCUGGUCUCUCUGUUCUUGUCGUCAGUUUGGCCGUCAUUUUCAGGACUACUACCUCAGGCGGGCAGAUCGGGAUUGCCCUUCUCAUCAUUCAAUCCAUAUCCGGCACUCUCGUACGUCUUCUGCAGGCAUGGACGCAGCUAGAGACUUCACUUGGGGCAGUCUCUCGUAUCAAAUCGCUUGAUGCGGCUGUGCUCCCCGAGGCCAAGGAAAACGAGUGUUUGGAACCGGGUGUCGAAUGGCCUGAUAAAGGCACGAUAGAGUUCGACAAUGUUGUCGCUUCAUACAAUGCUACUACCACUGUUCUGAAGGGCAUCUCUCAGAAGAUCGAGUCCGGUCAGCGCGUAGGCAUCUGCGGACGAACGGGAAGCGGAAAAUCUACUCUGUUGCUCUCCAUGCUGCGUCUGGUCGAGCUAGACUCAGGAUCUAUUACCAUCGACGGCCAAGACAUCAGCGCACUACCCAGGGAGGUGAUACGAGCAAGGAUAAUCACGAUUCCUCAGGAUGUCUUCGUCCUAGAUGGUAGUAUCCGACUCAAUAUGGACCCCACGGGUAUAGCAUCCGACGAAGAAAUGGUUGCAGCGCUCGAAAGAGUCAAGCUAUGGGAUAUUCUCAAACCUCCCGCUAUUGUUGGUCACAGAGCUACCGAAGAGUCGCCGCCAGAAAUUGAGCUUGACCCCUUGAGCGCGCGAUUCAAAAACGGGCCUCUGUCGCACGGUCAGUCCCAGCUACUCGGACUCGCACGCGCUCUGCUACUGAAAGAUCGCUCCCGCAUAUUACUUCUCGACGAGGCGACGAGUAACGUAGAUGCAGGCACGGAUGAGUUGAUGCAGCGCAUUAUUCGCGAAGAGUUCACUCACCAUACGAUUAUCAUAAUCGCUCACAGACUAGACACCAUUAGGGACGCUGAUUUAAUUCUCGUUCUAGAUAAUGGUAUGCUGGUAGAGAGCGGCGCCCCUGACGACCUACUUUCCAAGCCGAUCGGAACAGGGGCGUCAAAUGAAUGUGAACAAGAGGAAGAGGAAGAAGACCAUCAAAAACCAAGAGCUUGGUUUCGUGAGAUGUGGAAUAAUGCCCAUAGUACAUAA